CCAGGAGGCGCGGGCCGGGCCUCUGGCGGGGAAACUGAGUCCGAGGCAGGCCGCGGGGGCAGGGGCCGCGGGCCCCCGGGGGUCCCCGAGCCCGCGGGGUAGGGGGCUUCAGGGCCUCCCCGUGCACGGCCGGAUUGGCGGGCCAGACGCUUGUAGAUCCGAGGCCGGAUUGGGGUGGGGUCUCCGGGACGCGGGCCAGCGAGGCCCGGAUUGGGGGGAUUCCGGCGCUUGGAGAUCGAAGGCCGGCCUUGAGGAGGGGGAGUCAGACAAUUGGCAAGCCUAGGAGGUUAUUUGGGGAGGGGUCUCCGCGCCUCGGCGAGGCGCAACGCGGCGCCGCGGGGCCCCAGGCCUCGUCCCGCGCGGCCUCUGUGCAGGGUGGGCCGCCCCGGCCGGGCCGCCGGAAAGAAAGUGAACAAACCAGGACGCUAAGUGGGCGGGGGGCCCCUGAGCGGGGGGUCACAAAGGGUGAGGCAUGGCCACCAGGCGUUUAACCGACGCUUUCUUGUUGUUGCGGAAUAAUUCCAUCCAAACCCGGCAGCUGUUAGCCGAGCAAGAGCUGGAUGAGAACAUGGCCUGUCCCUGUGGGCUUCAGCAGACUCAGCUCCCAGACCCAUCACUAAGUGCCAAGGAGCCUGCUGCCAGAUAGUGUGCACGUGUGAUUCCCACUCUUUCUGUUUUUGAUUUUGAGAAGAAGAACUCACACUGAUGCUUCUUGCUGAUGACCGUAUGGCUCUGGUAUCAGGCAUUAGCUUAGAUCCAGAAGCAGCAAUUGGUGUGACAAAACGGUCACCUCCUAAAUGGGUGGAUGGAGUGGAUGAAAUACAGUACGAUGUUGGCCGAAUUAAACUGAAGAUGAAGGAAUUAGCCAGCCUUCAUGACCAGCAUUUAAACAGACCCACCCUGGAUGACAGCAGUGAGCAGGAGCACGCCAUUGAAAUAACCACCCAAGAGAUUACUCAGCUCUUUCACAGGUGCCAGCGUGCGGUGCAGGCUCUGCCCAGCCGGGCCCGCAGGGCCUGCUCUGAGCAGGAGGAGCGGCUCCUUCGCAACGUGGUGGCCUCCCUGGCGCAGGCUCUGCAGGAGCUGUCCACCAGCUUCCGGCGUGCACAGUCGGGCUACCUCAAACGCAUGAAGAAUCGAGAGGAAAGAUCCCAGCAUUUUUUUGAUACAUCAGUACCACUAAUGGAUGAUGGAGACGAUAAUACUCUUUAUGAUCGGGGUUUUACAGAUGACCAGUUAGUGCUGGUGGAGCAGAACACUCUGAUGGUGGAGGAGAGGGAGCGGGAAAUUCGCCAGAUCGUGCAGUCCAUUUCUGACCUGAAUGAAAUAUUUAGGGACUUAGGAGCAAUGAUUGUGGAGCAGGGUACAGUCCUUGAUAGAAUUGACUAUAAUGUUGAGCAGUCCUGUAUCAAAACUGAAGAUGGCUUGAAACAGCUUCACAAGGCAGAGCAGUAUCAAAAGAAGAAUCGGAAGAUGCUUGUGAUUUUAAUAUUAUUUGUCCUCAUCGUUGUCCUCAUUGUUGUCCUCAUCGGCGUGAAGUCUCACUAGGCGUCCGUGGGGCUGCGUGUGCCGCCUGCUUGGACUCCCGGCGCGAGGGGCUCGGCCGCCCUGCGGGCACAGCAGAGGCACGGGCCGCGGACCGCGUGGGGGCAGCGAGCACUGGCCUGGACUCCUCGCAGUCGUGCUCAAGCAGAGGGAACGGGCUUCUGGUUUUCCUUCAUGGUCAAGAAUUUAAGGACCUUUGCUACUGCUGCAGAAUAGAGAUUGAGCUCUGUCAUCGGUUAUAACAUAUAUUUUUUUUAGAAAGAGAAAAUGAGUUGAAUGUUUACAGGCACGCCACAAGCUGGUCGAUACUGUAUGUGCAUAUGCUAUUUUUUUAGCCGUCAUGUCUGAGCAGCAUGUUAAAAUAAUUUUUGGAAACAUUUUUUUAAAAACCAUGUGGUUUUUAAAAAAUUUGGUACCAAAAAUUUAUGAGUAGAGGCAAAAAUGCCUCUUCAUCUUUCUCUGUAUAUUUUCCAGUUGAAAACAAACUGAGAAGUCCUUUAAGAAUUUAUAAUCCGUUCCCCAUUAACUUAAUUUAGCUUUUCCAUCACUGUUAAUGAUCAGAGUAACAAAGUGUGAAAAAUAAGAAACCAUCAUUGAUGUUAAUUAACACAUUUAGAUGGGCCAGUUAAAACAGCUUCAUAAGUUUAAAUUAAUUGUAAAUGGACUAUUCCUCAUCUAGAAUUUGUGCCCUGCAUUUUCUACUGUAAACCAAAAGGGGUUACUCACAAAACCACCUAAAUUUAAAAGUUGGUGAUUUGAACCAACCUCACAUGAAAACAUGAAAAUAGAAGAUUGGCAGUGUCAUGAAAGUCACCAGAGUCAGCCAGUGUGUCCCUGUGCUCGUCCCCAGCCGUCCUUGCUCAAUCCAUUACUUAUAUACUAACCACAUAAUGGCCUGUUCAAACCAGACACCAUUUAAUGAACUGUGAAUUUACACAGAGGCCAUUCUAAAUGGGUCACCCCAUUUAGGAUUAGUGGAUCUCAAAUUAUUAACCAAACAUCACUCCAUUUCAAAGUAAAAUAUUCCACCGUGGUAUGAUUUAUCGGCUCUUCCACUGCUACUUAACAUGCCCCGAAAGUAGGCAUGUUCCUGCAGAUUCUGAAAAUCUUGAUUAGGAAAUCCCUCAUUUGUAUGAGCAUGAAUCAGAUCGCCAAAGUAGGCCUUUGCCGUUUACUUACCUAUUAUCAAUAUGGUGCUCGAAUAUAUUCCUGGAACUGUAGAAUAAUGUGUAAGGUGAUGGUAACUUUGAAAGCUGAAGUUGUUCAUGUUCUAUUUGGUCUUGAGAUAACGGUAUCUUUUUAAUGGUCUUUGUAUAAUUUUCGAUGGCUUUUCCAUUGUUGUUUGCCUCUCCUAAAAACGUUUAAGAAGAGCAUGACCUCAUUAAAUGUGCUAUGUUUUAUUUGGAUCAAUCACAUAAAAUGUCUCUUUAGAAUUGACUUUGAAGUUGUUUCCAGAAACUUAAACUCAAGUCCAGAGGUUCAAGUCAUCCAAACAGAUCAUGGUAUUAAUACCCAAACCCACGCUCCAGCCUUCCCUUUCCAAGUUGUUUGCGACUUCAGGCCCCCACUGAUUUCUCAUUACUGAUGUGGCUGUGGAAUGAUCUAAGGGUGUCCCUGGCAUUUCGGGAAAUCGCAUGGUAUUCCCUGACAAUUAUUUAUUAGGGAGAAAGGUCAGGAAAACAAAUCCACCACCUACCUGAUCACCCCUGAAAUGUGGGGCUUCUACAGAUCUUGAGAAUAGCUCGAGGCAUUGUCUGCUCACAGCAGAUUCUAAUCCAGUGGCAGAGUCGAGGCGAUCCCCGAUCCCCGAGACCAGCGCUCCGAGGAAUGGGGCCUGAGGAUCAGGGGUCUUCCCUCCCUGACAGUCUGCAGUGGUGGUGCUGGAUUAUUGGUAAAGCUUUUAAGAUGCUCAGUCUUCCCUUGAAGGAAGGUGACCUUUUAAGAAAGGAUCACCAAAAAAAAAAAAAAAAAAAAUUCACCGUUUAUAUAUAUUUAUUUUCAGUUGAUAGGGGGUGAUAGGGGUUGGUUUUUGCACCCCCCAACCCAUCUGGGUAAAAUAAUAGAUCUAAAUAGGAGUGGUUUUAAGAAUCUCGAAUGGUGUGAAGCCAGUGCAGUGCCAGCGAAAGCCCCAGCUGUCUCUGCCAUUCCCUUGUCCCAAGGCGGGAAGCAGCCCCAGAGCCUGUGCGAAACACUGUAUUUUUCUUUUGAGCCUUUACUUAGGGAAAGAUCAACAGCCUUGGAGGAAGUAAGAGAAAAUUGGUAAUGGAGUCCUAGUACCCUUGGGGUCAUUCUUCCCGGCUGAAGGCGAUGGGGGAUCCUUUUCCUGCAGACAGCCAUUGUCUGUGGGAAGACCAAGCCAUCCCUCUCUGUUGGGCUCCAGGGUGGGGGUGGGGGUGGGGGGGGGUCCCUCCCCUCUCCUGGGAUGCAACCAGAGAAGAGGGCCAGCAGGGAGAGCUCCUUCUGGGCAGCUCUGGGCUCAGCCACUGAGCACCUGCUCCCUUCCGUGUCCUGGGGUGGCUCCUCGAAUGGGACUGGGGACGAGAGAAGUAAAUGUUUACUGUCAGGUCUCCAAAGCUCCAGAUCUUUCCCUAGGUCGUAACUGAAAUCUACUGUCUCUUGUAUUAAUUUGGGGGUGGGGGUGCUAGCUUUGCCAUGGGCGUGAAGCAGUGUAUGUCUCUAAUUUAACGGAUUUACUGCUUUCUCUGCUAAUUGAGAGAGCAUUAUUUAUUUGUUUUGACACAAGUGCUUUCAGUGUUUUAUCCUAGCUAAUGGCUUCUUAAAGGUAAUAAAACCCUUCCAACCUAAUUGGUCAGAUAAGACUUUUUUUCUUGUGUGCUUAAAUAAAGCAAUUAGUGAAGCGCUUCUAUCCAAAAUGACUUUUUUUUUUUGUCCUUUUUUAAAACUAAUUUACUGUUACUGGAAACUUUUUGUACAAUAAAGCAAUCAUGCGGAUUAAAGAA